AUGCAUCAUAAGAAAUCAGACAUAAAAAAAAAUGAAAAAAUAAAAAAUAGCCCAAGGAAAUCUACAUCAAAACACUUUUAUCAAAAUAAUUUACAAACAAACUCUUCUCAUAAAGAUAGCAAAAAAGAUAGAAAAUAUUUUCUAAAAGAUGAUGAAAAACUUUCUGGGGAAGAAGACUUAGAAGAUUAUUGCAAAGGAGGAUAUCAUCCUGUGAAAAUUGGUGAAAAAUUCAAAGAUGGAAGAUAUGUAAUUCUCAGAAAACUUGGGUGGGGACAUUUUUCGACUGUUUGGCUUGUUAAAGAUACAUUAAAAGAUUGUUAUGUUGCAUUAAAAAUUGUUCGAUCAGCCGCCCAUUAUACAGAAACAGCGCUCGAUGAAAUAAAACUACUAAAAAGAAUCAACACAGCAAAUCCUUGUCAUCCAGGAGCAGCUCAUGUUGUUUCUUUACUUGACGAUUUUGAACAUCGAGGCCCCAAUGGGACUCAUAUUUGCAUGGUAUUUGAAGUAUUAGGAGAAAAUCUACUUAGUCUUAUUAAAAGAUAUGAUUAUCGCGGAAUACCAAUGCCAUUAGUAAAGCAAAUCACUAAACAGGUUCUUUUAGGACUAGAUUAUUUACACAGAGAUUGCGGGAUAAUACACACUGACCUAAAGCCAGAAAAUGUCCUUAUAUGUAUUAGUAAUGAAGAAGCUAUUGCUCAAGUAACUAAUACAUCUCAAGAAUCCCCCCGAAGUAGCAGUCCUGAUAUACGAAAGUCAAAACGUAAUAAUUUCAUAACAAAUAGUCAGCCACUCUUAAAUUCCGAUAUUUUAUUAUACAAAUCAGAUCUUACUAUACACAACUUGAGAGAAGAAAGAAGUGAUGAGCAGUCUUUGGAAAAAAGAGAGUUAGACUCUAGUGAAAAUGGUUCUAGUAAAUAUGAUAAAGAAGAUGAAACACUUGAAAAGGAUAUUUCAGGAAUCUCUUUAGAAACAAAUAUUGAAAAACAGUCAAUGGCAUCAUUUUCAUCUCCUGAUAACAUAGGUUACAUAAAUGUUAAAAUUGCUGAUUUAGGAAAUGCAUGUUGGACUCAUCACCAUUUUACAGACGAUAUUCAAACACGGCAAUAUCGUUCACCAGAAGUGCUACUGGGUGCUAAAUGGGGCGCAAGUACAGAUUGUUGGAGUAUGUCUUGCAUGGUAUUUGAAUUAUUAACAGGCGACUAUUUAUUUGAUCCUAAAAACGGACAAGAUUAUACAAAAAAUGAUGAUCAUAUUGCACAAAUUAUAGAAUUACUUGGAAAAUUUCCUCGAUUUCUUGCAUCAAGUGGAAAAUAUUCCCAUGAAAUAUUUAACAAAAAAUGCGAACUGCGUCACAUUUCAAAAUUAAAUUAUUGGGGAUUGCCAGAAGUACUUCAUGAUAAAUAUCAUUUAUCAUGGAAUGAAUCUGACUUAUUAAGUAAUUUUCUACUUCCAAUGUUAGAGAUUGUUCCAGAAAAAAGAGCCAAUGCAGGAGGAAUGAGUAAUCAUCCAUGGUUGAAAGAUACACCUGGAAUGAAUAAAAAAUACCUUAAUAUACCAAUAGGUUCUCGAGGGGAAGGAAUAAAAGGAUGGGCAUGCGAAGAAAAUAUAUAA